AUACAGUCCCUCAUAAUACGGCGAGUUGGUGAAGGCGACACUAACUCACAGGCAGGCAGAGAGAUCCAGGCGACCGUGGGCCGGCCGGAGACCAAGAAGAAGGAGGAGGAGACAUGGUGCGCGGGAAGCUGGAGGUUCUGCUCGUCUCCGCCAAGGGCCUCGACGACUCCGAUUUCUUCAAUCGGAUGGACCCCUACGUGAUCCUCACCUGGCGCAGCAACGAGCAGAAGAGCACCGUUGCAAAAGGAGCAGGGGGCGAGCCUGAAUGGAACGAGACGUUCGCCUUCAAGGUCUACAGCAGCGCCGACAACUCCCCGCAGCUCAGCCUCAAGAUCAUGGACAGCGACACCUUCUCGGCCGACGAUAUUGUCGGAGAAGCAAGCAUCCCGCUGGAGGCCGUGCUCCUGGAAGGAAGCCUGCCGCCGACCGUGCACCGGAUCGUCAAGGACGAGGAGUACCGCGGGGAGAUCAAGAUUGCGCUCACCUUCACCCCAGCAGAGGAAAAUGAGGAGGAGGAGAGCUAUGGCGGCUGGAACCAAUCGGCCUGAAGUUUUAUACACUGCUAGUAGCGUGCAUCCACAUCCAUCAGCAAGAGGGUGAUGUUUGUCUGCCUGUCACUGCAAGUCUGUCCUGUCACAUUAUGGUUGCAGCAAAUGGGGAACGGCUUUUGAUCGGUGCUUUGAUCUACUAGAUGUGUUUUGAUGUUCGUUGUUGCAGUCUACUUGCAAGAAGUAGCAGUUUUUCUUUUGAACAAACCAGAAGCUGUAGUAGUGAAGCAGGGUGAUGUUUGUCUGUCUGUCA